AUGGGGUCACUGGAUCAGCAGCCAGGAAUUAAGCGGCCUCAUGUAGUAGUGUUCCCUUACCCAUCCCAGGGUCAUAUUAAUCCAUUAAUGGAGUUUGCCAAGAGGCUUGUCUCCAGAAACCUCCAUGUGACCUUCAUCACCACAGAGAGAAUCAGAGAGCAAAUGAUAAAAGCUCAGGAUGGAGUUACUGCUCAUGUGACCACCGUUUUGCAAGAUAUAAGAAUUGAAACAAUUUCAGACGGGUUUUCUCCUGAUUCUGAAGUGAUGAAAGACGUAGACAUGAUAUUUGAUUUGUUGAGAAAGGUCGGAGGUCUUACAUUUAAACAGGUGAUAGAGAGGCUCAAUUCUGAAGGCAAUACAGUCUCUUGUAUUGUUUAUGACUCUUUUCUCGAGUGGGUUCCUGAUAUUGCUAACAGAUUGAAUAAAAUAAGACAUGGGCCAGUUGGGAGGGAUGAGAUGGAGAAAUCUAUUAGGACAAUUAUGGAAGGUGAAAGUGGUUUGGACUUGAGGAAGAAUGCUUUGCAAUGGAAGACAUUAGCAAAGAAAGCGAUGGUGAAAGGUGGAUCUUCUGAUAAGAGUAUUGAUUGGUUUGUUCAUGAGGUCAUUGCUAGAACAACACUGGCUUGA